AUGACUGCUUUGAGAUUUGUGAAGACUGUUUGGGAGUCCUUCCGGGCUACCUCGGGUUUGGAGCCUCGAUUGUUGAACAAUUUGAAAGUUACCGCGGCGAGGCCGGGAACAGUUAAUUUUGAACUUGAGAUUCAAAAGGAACAUACAAACCGCCUGAGUAUUCUUCAUGGCGGAACUAUUGCAAGCAUGGUCGAUCUCGGUGGCUCCCUAGCUGUGGCUUCUCGCGGGCUCUACGCGACUGGCGUAUCUACCGAUCUGAAUGUUACAUACUUGAACUCUGGGGGCAGAGUAGGAGACAAGAUCAUGGCUAAGCUGACAUUCAUGAAGGAAGUUACAUGCGAUAAAUUCGGGAAAACCCUCGCAUACACAAACAUCAAGUUUACAAAUGCAAAGGGCGAGGUGGUCGCUCGAGGAAGUCAUACCAAGUAUGUCAGCAUCGCGUGGAAAGAUCCUCAGAACAUCGUGGAGGAAAUCAACAAGCUACAGUGA